CGUUUGCCGACGAAAGCGCGUCGAGCAAGUUUUCAUGGACACCAGUGAAUGCCACCAACGAAGAAGACGAAGAUGGGAGGAGGAUUGGCGUGUUUCGAGGGGUUGUGCCAACGUCGGACUGGCAUGCGAUGAAAGCGACCGCCAUCGUGCGCUGUCCCGCGUGGUUCCUCGCCGACAAACUCGCGUCCGCCGCGGACAUGACGACGUUCGAUGACAUGACGGCGCAGUGUCACGAGCUGGGAAGCAUAUACGUCCUCUGACAAGCGCUACUCGGUGCGGCAUGUGCUGUCCAAGCCCGUGUUUGCGACGUCGACGGCGCGGGGCUUUGUCGUGGUGACGAUGUUGAAAGAAGAUGAAGGAGGUGGGAAGCGUAGAUUUGACAUCGCAUGCAUCCGCGCCUGAAUCCAAGCAGUAUGUUCGAGGGAUCAACCAUCCUUCGGGGUAUGUCGUGGACGAGAUGCCAGACGAUCUGUCGUGUCGGGUGACCAUGGUCGCGCACUUGGAUCUCGGCGGCAUGCUCCCGGUACUGGUGAUGCAUGCGCUCGCUGUGGACGCACCGUUCAAGCUCCUCUAACGUUUCCGAACGCUGUAUGAACUCGAGACGUUCCCAUCACGCCCAGGGCAACUCGGGACGACGAAGAUGGAGAUGCAUCAACAUCUGGGACCGGAAGUGCUUCGAGCGACGCGCGUUCCCGACAAAACGACCUACGAACUCAAAGCAUCGACAUGCACCGUGUGCGCCAUUAGGAUCGGGUCGUACUGGAAAAGACACAACUGCCACGUCUGCCGCCAUGUCGUCUGUGGACCGUGUUCGACCCAUCGCAUCCAUGCCAACUACUGGACGACUCUGCGCGCGUGCGAUACCUGCGUGGCUGAUCUCCAUCGCAAGCAGCAACACCCCGCGACUGCAACCCGUCCAUCAUCACCUCCCGUCAUCGUUGACGGACCGUCAACGACCACAACUGCCGCCUCCCCCUCCUCGUCCAUGUACUUUGACCUGCUGGCCUCGUGGAAGCAUGACAGGAGGGUGUCGUCGGUGGUGGGCUGGAUGGCGCUCGCGGUCGUGCUGCUUCCCGUUGCCGUCGGAGUCGCAUCGAACUCCUCGGCCAUGCUAGCCGUCCAGCUGUUCUUCAAAACUGUAAUUUAGUGAUGAUAGUAGUACUAGCCGUACUAGUAGUAGUACUAGUACUAACUAAGGGAUCAUUUCUUUCUCACUGGGAAUAUUCAU